AUGGCAGACUUCCUCACUGCGGUGAAAUCUUUGCGGAGCCAAAAUCGAGCUGAUGAGGACCUCAAAGCGGAAAGGUCGACAGAUUCCAACACUGGGCCUUCGAAUAAGGCUUCGGAAUCAGAGAAGCAAGCCAGAGUAGAGACCAAGCGGCUUGCAUCAAGUCCACAAGAUGCCUUGGAUAUACUCAGGAGUCAGCCUGAUCUUGACGAGCUCCGAUCGGUGCUCAAAAGCCUGCACUCUAACACUUUUUGCCCGACUUUCAGCAUACACAGUCCAGGACCGUUGCAGGCACAGAUUAUCAACACUAUAUUAGCGCAGACUGUGCCCGACUUCUGGUCUGUGUUGGCCAAGCAGGCUGCAAACAGUGUAGCUGAAGUCUUACGCAAUGUCGCUGGCCUCAACGCCAUCGUUGCCCGCUUGCGAAUGGUGCUGUCUAAGACCUCGGUGGAAGGAGGGCAGGACAGAUCUCUGGCGCUCACAGAUCUGAUCAACAUCGCUGGCCAUGUGUUACACGGGGAUGAGACGCUAUUACGGGUACACCGCAAUCUAUCUGGAGCUGUUUUAAACCAGACCAAACGGGACAUGGCAUGGAAGGAGGGAGUCUCCCUCAUGGGCUCCGGCAAAGUCCUGGCGACGCUGGCUGAGGCUGAAGAUGCUGUGAAUGAGAAAGGUGGCCUGGACGUUACAGUACGCGAGUUCACGAGCGGUGCAGACUAUGCUGCAUGGCUGGGUCGAAACAUUGCCACUUUAGCUUCGAGCGCUGAUGUUGGCAAAGUUGGUGACGCUCAUGACACAGUACCAGCAUCGCAAGUCCUUGCGAAAGCAUUGAACUUUGGGUACCCGCACAGACUUCUGGCGGCCCUUCUCGAACCCUUGGCGAUGCAGAUUCGCACGCAGCCAGGCCAGAAAGCUGUCCUCACCUCCAUGCUCUGCCACCUGCCAUCGCAUUCCAAGCGAUUAUUCGUGGAGCACUUGCUGCGAUGGCUCUCAACUAUCGACGGUAGCGAGGAUGCGACUCCACUGCCCGGUUCUGCCGAACAGGCGAAAGUGGUUGCCACAACAGCGUCCUUGCUUUCUUCUAUUGCUGCGGUAGACUCGGCACUGAAGCAGAACAUUGCAUCUUCAUUGACCGACCCAGCACGUUCAGGCCUCCAAUCCUUUGCUGUUCGACGAGCAUGCAUCGCAGCACUCUCAGCCGUCUCCGGCGACUUGGACGUUCUGCAAUUGGUGACAGAGAGAGUCAUGUCUGCCUUCAACGAUUUCCUCUUUAUUGCUCACGGCCCGAUAAUUCAGCAAGAAGCCAUGGCCCAAACACUGCUUCUGACAGCAGGAUACUUGCACCGAAAGGCGCCCAUGGCACUCUUGAUGACAGCUCGCUCCUCGAGUCAUAUGCAAGGCGUGAGCAAUAGGCUUGACACUUCUAAUGCGCGUGGGAGAUGGCUCGGCAUGGUCGUUGGGACCGCGAUAUCUAGUCUCGUGGACAAAGAAGGCAUGAAGAUGAGUUUCGGUACUGAAGACAUGGAAACGGAGGAAGCUAAGUGGUACAUGAAUCUCGCGCGGGUUGAAGAUCAAGUUGGACGCCUCGCGGAUCUACAGAGCCUACUCACAACGCCAAAACAGCCAUCCAAACGCAGACAACGGGCAGGUCGCGGCCAAGCACCGGAAAAAAUGCUAGAGAUCAACGGCAAGCCCACUUUCGGCCCUCCUCGACCACCGGCCCAGACUGAGGUCAUCGGCGAGAAAGUCACAGAACUUCUGGACGGCGAUGAGGAUGGAGACGAGGAUGACCUGAAGCCAUACGCCCAGCCGGACAGCGACCCCGAAGACAGCGACGAAGAUGCCACUCUCGUUAAUAGGAAGAAGACCAGACCUCCAGUCUACAUCCGCGAUCUUAUGGCUAUGCUGCGCGACGAGCAAGACCACGACCGCUUCCAACUCGGCAUCAAGCACGCUGCUUCGCUCAUACGGAGGAAGACAGAAUUUGGCUCUGAAGUCAAGGAUCAUGCCAACGAGCUGGGCAUCAUCUUGUGCAAUCUUCGGGAUCCAUUCGAGACGGACGAAUUUGACAGCUUGAAGCUGCAAGCAAUGAUUGCUGUCAUUCUGAGCGACGUGAAAGCCAUGGCGCCGUGGUUCUGCAAGCAAGCCUUCAGCGGCGACUACUCUGUCUCACAGCGCUGCAUCAUGCUCAGCGCCUUAGGAUUGAGCGGCAGAGAGCUUGCCGGCUUCAAGAACGAAGACGAACCGAAUCCGUCUCAAGGCGUUCCGGACUUCCCGAGCAAGCGUUUACCUCCUCGUCUGCAUGGUAUCUACAAUCAGCCAGCCACAACUACAAAGCGUCUCGAGGCAGCUAGCAACGACGUCGAACAAGCCCUCAUCAAACCCCUCGCGCUCCACGCCGCAGACCAAUCCACCGCCCAUCUCAACGCAGUCAAAGUCCGAACCUUCUCCAGCCGCAUGGACGUCGAGCGGACGAAGCGCAAACCAACCGCCAAUGCUCUGGCAAAAGUGUUUGGAGAAAGCUACUUCUUCCCACUCGUCAAUCGCUACCAGCAGGAGAUUGCAGCCUACGGAUCCGCUAGCGUCUACUCCUCCAUGCCCUUUGUCCUGGUUACUUUCGUCAAGACCGUUGCGCUCCUGCAUCAUGCUUCCGGUCCUGCGACACUCAGCCUCAGCGAGCUGAGUGGCGAGUUCUGGGAUUUGCUGCUCUCGUUGCGGGUGCAGGCUACGCAGGACAUCAGCGUGCUGCAUGCUGUGUUGUUCUCGUUGCUUACGGUGUUGGAGAUGAACACGGAUAAGCGGCAGGUUGUCAAUGACCACCCGAAGAGAUUGAUGGAGACGCAGCAAUGGGUUGACAUGGUCUUUGGGUGGGUGGGCGGGAAUGAGAUGGUGAGCGAAGGCGGCAAUGACGAGGAGACGAAAGUAAGAACGCUCGCAGCGGGCGUGCUCGUCAAGUGUAGGGAAAUCAUUGGAGCAUACCAGAAGGAGCUCGUUGGAUUCUCAAUGGAUUAG